CAAAGAUCUCAAACAUGGUGACGGCUAAACCCGGAGUUGCCGCCAUGGUGGCUGCGGCCUUGUUCUUUAGUGCAUUUUACAACGUGUCUGCGCAGGGACCGGUUCCGGGACCGGCACAGGCUGAGGCACCGUCAGGGCUUGGGGAGGGACCGGCUCCAUCAGCAACUGCUGGGUGCUUCGACGUCCUGCUGAACAUGUCUGACUGUCUAACGUACGUGGAGGAUGGAAGCAAGACGACAAAGCCGGACAAAGGUUGCUGCCCUGAGCUGGCUGGGUUGGUGGAUAGCAACCCAAUCUGCCUCUGCCAACUGCUUGCGACCAACACCACCGCAAGCUUCGGGAUCAAGAUUAAUCUCAAAAGGGCUCUCAAUCUUCCUUCUGUUUGCGGUGUUCCAACCCCUCCUGUAAGCACGUGCUCAGUUGCGGGAAUAGACGUGCCCCCUAUUGGUGCUCCAACUUCGACUGAGGAUUCUGCCACACCAGGGGCCCAACCUCCAGGAGCCCCGUCAACCGGAAACAAUGGCAAUGGAGCUUCAAGCAUCUUAGGAUCUGCUAUACCUUUUACUGUUGGCUUAGUGAUUGCCUUUCUUCCAACGCUGUUCUGAUCUUAUAUUUAUGUGACUCAAUUGCAUUUUUAGACGUUGUACCCAGAUUUAUUUAAUAGACAUGUGUUAUAAUUACAGUUCAUCUUUUGUCUACUAGCAAAUAAAAUAACAGAGAACUUCCAAUUUAUUCUUGAAAACUGGAGAUUUAAUUUUGUAA